GUCAUCAGUCGUCUUGCAACGUUCGCUUUGUACACAUAUAUUAUUAUUCAUAUUCAUUUAGUCUAAAACACAAAAUAUACAGUAAUUACUCCAAUUAUAUUUUUUAUUUCACUUUCCUCAGUGAUUUCAUUAAUAAAAAUAUUAAUUAGUACAUUAUGUGAUUAAUUGAAAAUAUUUUGUGUCAAGUUGUCAGUUUUAAAAAAUAUGUGCUCCAUUUAAAGUGUUUUGUAUAUUUAUUAAAUUAAUCUUCACUCUUGGAUGUAUAAAAAGAGCUAUUGGAUCUUAAGUAAUUACGCGUGUUGAUGUUAAAAUAGUUAAAAGUUAUCUGUUAAGAUAGUGAUGCAACGCAAAAAAAAAUGGUUGCAUUGAAAUUAAAUAUUUUAUAUUUAUCGUUACUAUGGAUGUUAUCAGUUAAUUGAAAUUGGAUCAAAUGGUUUUUCAAAACAUCAUGAGGAAUCCCGGAUUCCUUUUUGAACACGCAAGACAUGGAUACAUUCAAUAUAUUAGUUUAAGCGAGUGUUAUUUCGCGGGAAAAGGCGCAGCGUUGGUCCUGCCACCAAAUGAACGAGCCAGACCAUCACGGCGGGUAUCCGCAGCAGGAUGUGAUAUACAGCAGCAUCUGCAGUCCAUGUUUUACCUGCUCAGACCCGAGGAGACCUUAAAAAUGGCCGUGAAGCUGGAGUCCGUGCAUCCGGGAAGAACACGUUACUUGGUAGUUGUGUCCUGCAAUGGUCGACAGGAUGCUGAAGAGAGUUGUCUGCUCGGUAUCGACUGUCAUGCUAGAGCAACUGUCGGUCUCGUUCUCCGAGUACUGGCUGACACUGCAAUAACCCUCGACGGUGACGGGGGCUUCAGCGUAAGCGUAUGCGGUUGUCAGCACAUCUUUAAACCUGUGUCUGUUCAAGCGAUGUGGUCAGCAUUGCAGACUUUGCACAAAGUAUCAAGCAAAGCACGAGAACAAAAUUACUUUUUGGGAGGAUUGUCUCAUGACUGGGUCAGUUACUAUGAGCAAAGAAUCGAGAGUGAUCGGUCGUGUCUCAACGAAUGGCACGCGAUGGACAAUCUCGAGUCGCGAAGGCCGCCCUCGCCAGACAGCGUUCGGAGCAAGCCACGUGAGCGUGAAGAAACAGAACGUGUUAUCCGUGAUACCUUGAAAGGAAUAAUGAUGUCCGUGGACUUGGAUGAAGUGACCUCGAAAUAUAUACGGGGCAGACUUGAAGAGGAUCUUGAUAUGGAUCUCGGUGAAUUCAAGCCAUUUAUUGAUCAAGAAAUGCUCACUAUUUUGGGACAAAUGGAUGCGCCUACGGAAAUUUUUGAUCAUGUUUAUCUUGGUAGCGAGUGGAAUGCCAGCAACCUUGAGGAAUUACAAAAGAAUGGGGUAAAACAUAUUUUGAACGUGACAAGAGAGAUUGACAAUUUUUUCCCGGGCAUGUUCAAUUAUUUGAAUGUACGAGUGUACGACGAUGAGAAAACGGAUUUACUUAAGCACUGGGACGACACAUUUAAGUACAUAACAAAAGCGCGCAAAGAGGGUUCAAAAGUGCUGGUGCAUUGCAAAAUGGGCGUAUCGCGUUCAGCUUCUGUGGUGAUAGCAUACGCAAUGAAAGCCUACAAUUGGGAUUUUUCUCAAGCAUGGAAACACGUCAAAGACAAACGGAAUUGUAUAAAACCAAACAAUAAUUUUCUCCUGCAAUUGGAAACCUAUCAAGGAAUUUUAGACGCAAUGAAAAAUAAAGAAAAAUUACAACGUUCUAAAUCAGACACAAAUUUAAAAUCACCGACAACGUCAGCGGCGAUGACAACCAGCAACGCGCGACCGGGCAGAACGAAGGGAAACAGCGUCGAGUGUGAGGAAGACAAACACGAGACGCGAAACGGAAUAACUAAUCAAGCAUCAGGAUUGGAGUUGAAAAAAACUGGCAAGAGGCCCAAGAGCUGGUCGCCAUAUGUCGAGAUCGUUGAUAAUAUUUUACCAGCUCCUUUGUCACAGUCGCUGGAGAGCAUCGACAAGACCGCGACAGCAGUAACCGUCGCGGAGAUAACGCGAGAGGAGUUGCUGCGUGCGGCAAAUGUUAAACAGCCAGUGGUUGAGCAGGAGGCGAGGAAUGUCCUGAUGCCUUGUGACAAUGGUCAGUCCUACAGCGUCUCCCAAAACCAGAUAGUCCAUCUACCAGGUCCUGACACAACUCCCAGCAGCAAGUGUCUCAGCAAACUCGAGAUCCAAGGCCACAGACGACGGGGCCUGGUUCUUAAUUUGACAAAUCAAUUUGAAUCGGGUAGCAAACCUUCAUCUCCAGAGUCCGAUGAUGGUGUCAAGCCUCUGAGUAGUCCUUCCGAUGAACGUGUGGUUGAAAAUGGCCUGGAUCCAUGUCGUCAAAAAGUUGAUGAUAAAGAUACGCGAGUUAAUGAUUGUCUAGUCUGGACAGCUUCAACAGCUGAUAAUAAAUUUAGUAAUCUAUUAAGUAGCAAUAAAAAUAGUCUCUCUGGAGGUACUAGUGAUACAAGUGAAGUAAUUGCUUCUGCUAGUGUUACUAAUACUAAUACUAAUACUAAUACUAAUACUAAUACAAGUGUAAGUACAAGUACAAGUAUGACUAUCAGUUUAAAUACUGGAAUGAGUACAAGUACAAGUACAAGUUCUAGUACCAACACCAAUACAAGAAGAAGGACUAAAAAAGACGGUGAUUUAUUUAGCGCACAGUUAGACAAAGUAUUUGAUCGUGAAGAAAGACGGGAACCGCGCGAACUGCCAAGUCGUCAAAGCUCUUGGAGCAGCUACGACAGUGCUGUUGUACUUGACAAUAAUUCUGUUCACAGUUCUUGGGCGACGUUGCCAUCGAGGAACAGUUCUUGGGGAUCGUAUGACAUGCGUCCGAAUCCAGAUCCUCUGGGUUCCAGCGGACUGUUUCCUUAUGAUAGGGAAGAAAUACCCUGGCAUCCGGGAACGGUCAAGCGCACGAAACAAAAACUGGAAGAAGGGACUGGGACUGGGACUGUGAAACGUGUCUGCACACAGAGUGAUGAAGAAAAAUUAUUGAUGGUAAAUAAUAGUAGUAAUAUUAAUGGUAAUAUUAAUAAUUCAAGACUGCCGACUGAUGAUGGCAAUGCAGAGUCAUAUCCUGUAUUGCUCGAGCAGUGCAACCCCUCGCCUACGCCACAAAGACGAGACUCGUCGCCAACUGAUGACAAUCAUAAAGAAACAGUCGACAGCCCUGUCAGGGGAAUCGAUAUUUCACCGGCGGCAGUUACUAGACAAAUUGGAAGACUAUCGACUAGCGCACCAGCACCCUCAGCUCUCUUGACUGAUACCGACUUGCCAUCGGGCUCAUUAUUGAGAACUUGUAGAUCUGAGAGCGAGACCUCGAGCCCCUGUGUUGUUAAUACACCCCAAUGUCCGUCUGUCAAGCACCACAAAAUGAUCCUAGAGAAUUUAAAUAAUAAACCGAAUUUCAGCAAACGUUGUCUCUCUGUUGAUGACUCGCCACCUGAGCCACCCUGUUCUUCAGCUUCCUCUUCAUCUUCGUCUUCAUCUUCUUCGUCGUCCUCUGAAGGCUCGCGAAACAAAGCGGGAAUCGUAAAGAAUCUCAAGAAAGAGUUCGAAGCUAAAAGCAAAUUUGAAAAAAGUCCUGACACAAAUUCCGCAGCGGGUGAAAACAUCACCGAAGGCUGGCCAAAAAGAGACUCAAAAAUCAUACGGAGUCUUCCCUCUUCUCCGGUUAUCGCUCACAGCGAGUCGAAAAUCCGGACGUCCUCUAGCAUCACUGCCACCUGCCGUGACAGCAGUUCGAUGAUGGGCAAAGACGAUGAUCCGGACUCAAGACCAGACAGCUCUGAAGAUUUAUCAGUUAAAGUACUUGUAGGUAAAUACGAAGUCGCUAAACCUCCUGGUGACUUACGAAGGACCGAGGCCAUUCAAUUACGUUCGCACAAGGACCGAGAUUUUACUGCCGGACUGGAAGUCCACCCCCCGGCAAAGUCCAGAAUCGCACCCCAAGAAUUCGCACGUCGAUCCGCGCCAAUUAUUAUAAACUCCUCGGUGUUCAUGGCGGAAGGAAGCGGUGCCGUGGGUGUCGAAGCACCCGGUAGGCCUCCAAUGGUACCAUCGCCGAGUGUUGUUGUCGCAAGCGUCGUAGCAAAAGCCGCUAAAAAACAACAGCAACAGCAUGGUCGUACUCAUCCACUCACCAGGCUGCAGGUCAGGCCUAGGCACAGCAGCCCCGUCUACAAUACUAUGUAAAUUUAUAUUUAUUUUUUUUCUUUUUUCUAUUAUAUAUUAUAUAUACACUUUUAGUACCGACGAAUAAUAUUUUGCUACAUACUGACUUUUCUUUUCGUCUUGUGUGAUCUCGUCAGCGCUAAUUUUACAGUCAUUAAUACUCAAAUCCACGGUAAAGUGGACAAAUAUAUAUAUAAAUAAAUACUAUUAUUAUUAUUAUUACUGUAAGUGUGUGUUUAGUUGUGAUGAUUGUUUGUAAUUAUAAUAGAUGUAGCUUUGCUUUUAUUUUUAAUAUUUUUAUUGGUAAUAAAUAUAUGAGCUCGAUAUUUAUUUUAAACAAGCAGGAAUUUAACGGAAUAAUAGCUUUUUGUGUAUCGCGUGAUUACUUGAACAAGUUAAAUAACUGGGGUAAAAAAUGUCUUAUGUUAAUGGAAAAAUAAAAGCAAAAUUUUAUUUAAGGCCAGUCCCACUUUUUUUAAAUUUUCGACUCAACUCUCAUAAGUGUAUCAAAAUUUUAUGUUGAUUAAAAAAGUUAAAGCAUUAGUGAAAGAGGAUAAUUUCACUGGGAUGUAGAUUUAAAAAAAUACUUACAGUUGAUAUCAAAAAGGAGUUAAACGAAAUUUGGAAAAUAAAUUCCAGUAAAAUCUUCAAAUUUUGUGGGGUAAAAUUUAGGAAACUGAAGUUAGCCGACGUUUAAUAAUUUUUUGAUUUUUUUUAAAUGAUAAAUUAUAAAAAAAAAAAUUGCACCUGUAGUUUUUAAAAUUUUCGACAUGUGCAUAUUUUUAAUUUUAAUUUUUUUUUUUUUUAAUUGAUUUGUUGAAACAAAAAUCCGAAAAUUUUUUAUUGUUUGCUAACUUCUUAUCAUUAAAAUUUUGACAAUUAAUUAAAAAAAGUGUAAGUAUUAAUUGAAAAAAUGUCAACGAAGUUACAAUUUUUCCGUGAUAUAGAUUUAAAAAAAAAAUUAUUUACAGUCGAUAUUAAGUAGGAGUGAAAUACAAUUUGGAAAAUAAAUAUCAAUUCAAUCUUUAUGUCAAUUUUGUAAUUUCGAAUGUCAAAUUUCGUUUAACUCCCAAAUGAUAAAAACUGUAACUAAUUUUUUUCAAAUUCUAUAUCUUGGCGAAAAUACUUCGGCAUUGUCCUUUUUUGAAUUAAAGUUUUAAUUUUUUUUAAUUAAUCAAUAAAAUUUUAAUUAUUAUGACAGUUGAGUUAUUAAAUAUUUUUAAAAAGUGGGUACUGUCAGAAUAGCUUGAAUAAAUGGCGGGAAAAAUUGAAACAAAAAAAAAAUUUUAAUUUUCGCGCCAUUAUUUAAAUUCCAUUUUACGAGAAAUGAACAAAAAUUCAAUUUGAUUUUUUUUUUCCAUAAUAUGAGAAAGCCCUAAAAAUAACCAGUGGUAAAAAAUCGGAUUUUUGAAUUGAAAAUAAUAAUAAUUAAAAAAAAAAAAAAAAAAAUUAAUUUUUACUCUGGUAGUAUAAAAAAUAACGGAUAAAAAAACGUACUAUUGAAUAAAUGAUUUAAAAUCGUUGAUUGGUGAGCACUCGGUCAGGCUGUGAAUGUAACGUCUGAGGCUCGCGUGUGUUCUAGCUUGUUCUAUUAUUAAAAUAUAUUUUGUUUUUCAUUUGAUUAAUUGAUUAAAUAUAAUAAUCGGUGAUAAUUUUUCAUUCAGUUAUUAAUUUUCAUUCAGCUAUUAAUUUCGUGUUCAGAUAAAACUAAAAAAGUAAUAAAAAUCUGGUGAUUUUAUUGAGCUCUCGAUUGUAAUUUAAAAUCCAGUGAUAAAUAAAAUAAUAUUUGGAUAAGAUGUCUAGCUUUUGUGUAUUGUUAGUGUUUAAAACGACUAUUAAUGUGAUUAGAAAGCACUCGGGAGUGCACUGGAGAUAGAUAUUUUGAGCGGUUAAUAUUUUAUAAUAAAUUUCAUUGAUUUAUUAUUAAUCUAAGUGUACAAGUGUAUGUAUAUAAAUAGAAUGAGUGUAUUAAUCCUACUCUUUAUACUCCUAUUAAAUAAUAAUAACAAUUAUAAUUAUAUUUAUAAUUGUCGGUAAUUAUGUAACUUUUUUUUUUUUUUUCACAGCAAAUAUUUUAUAUUUUUUUUAAAUUUUGACGCGCCUGCAGAUUUUAAAAUUUGCUUUUACAAACUGAGUGAAAAAUAUAUAAAAUUUAAGCUGUUUAAUUUUUAAAAAAAGAGCGGGAAUGUAGCAGACAUCAAAAAAAUUAUAAACUAUAAAUAAAUAGAGUAAAUAAUUAAAAAAAAAUAUAUAUUUUAAAAAAAUGCACUUAUUCAUUUCUAAAUUUUUAAAAUGCGCAUUUUUAAAAAAUUUUAUUUUAUUAAUUAUUUACUCUAUUAAUGAUUUUAAAUUUGUCUGAUGUCUGCUACAUUCACACUCAUAAGAAAAAUAUGUUGUCUAAAAUAUAUUAAGUCUGCGUAAUUACCUAAUUGUCGUAUAAAAAGUUGAAUAAGUUUUAAUAAUAUAAUUAUAAUUAUAAUUAUUAAAUUUCUGUGCCACUGUUAUCAUCGCCGGCUUCGCAUUCGCGUUUACGUCGUCAUUAUCUGCUGAAUGUACUAGUAUCAAUUGUUUUAAAUUAAUCGUGAAUGCAUGAAAUUUUUUUUUUAUAUAUUUAUAUAUGUUAUGUUAUAUAAAUAUUUUUUUUUGUAGUUUUAAGUUGAUCAUGACAAAAGUAAUAACAAUUUAAUUUAUUAUAGUUAUUAUUAUUAUUAUUUUUUUUUUAGUAAUUUUAAAAUAUCAGACGUACAAUUCUAUGCGACUCUCAUGUAAUGAGUACAUAUCAAGAAAAAUAAAAUGCUUGCUAGCUUUCAAAUUUUUUUAAAAAUGUAAACGCGCAUUGGAGGGUCAAAGUGGCUAUCGUAUUGAACAAAUAACUUUUAAAUAAUAUGAUAAUGUAAAAAAUUAAUUUAGAUAUUGACCAAUUUUGUAAAACUCCAGCGAUUUAAAUUUUAAAUUUAACAUAUAUAUAAAUAUUUUGGUAAACUCUAUCUAUUUUAUUCAAAGUCAUUUUUUUAAAUGAUCAAGUGAAGAUGAUACUCAAGUAAACUGUCUAAUAAUUUUUGAAUUUUUUUUAAAUGAUAAAUUAUAAAAUAGUAUAUUUUACACCUCGGGUAGGAAAGUAAGAAAUGUCUCAGACCUCAUGUAAUUGUUGGCCGAGGCGAAGCCGAGGUCAACAAACAUGUGAUCUGAGGCUUUCUUGUUUACUGCCCAAGGUGUCAAUACUAUUUUUCUCCUCGACGGAGGCGGAAAGCGUCAACUUCGUUUUGCACAGCGGGAAAAAAGUUGACGCUUUUCGCCCGGAGGGGAGAAAAAAAAAUAUUUCUAAAAAUUGCACUUAUAGCUUUUUUAAUUUUCUACAAGUGCAUAUUUUUAGUUUAGUUUUUUUUUAAAUUGAUUUGUCGAAAACAAAAUCCAAAAAUUGGUAAUUGUUUUUUAACUUUGAAAUCAUUCUGAAGUUUUAUAAAAAAAAAAUAUACGCCGUCAAAGGUCGUGUAGUUUCUUGAAGUACCUAGAGGGAGUAAUUUGAAGUUUCAAAUUUGAGUUUUUAUUAAUUUGACUUGAAAAAAUUUUUGAAAAAAUAUGACUGAAUAAUGAUCCUGAAGUUAUCCGACGUCUAAUAAUUUUUAGAUUUUUAAAAAAACGACAAAUUAUAAAAAAAAAAAAAAUAUUUUAAAAAAUUGGGCCUGCAGUUUUUUUAAUUUUCUAAAUGUGCAUAUUUUUAGUUUUUUUUUUUUUUUUAAUUCAAUCGUUGAAAAAAAAUUCAAAAAUUUUCAAUUGUUUGCUAACUACAGGAUCAUCUUUGGAGAUUAAAAAAAAUUGAUUUGAUUAAAAUAGAUGGAGUAAAUAACCGAUUUAUUGUGUCAAGUAAAAAUAUAAAAUAAUAAAAUUUUUACUAUUAAGCAAACACAUCGACAAUGACUAUAUUUUAUUACAUAUUUCAACCAAAAAGUAAACAAUGACAUGAUAGAGCGAGGAUAAGAAAAUAAAUGUAAAAUAAUAAAUAAAUAAAUGUAUUUACUGUGUCUAAAUAUAUAUAUAUAUCCUCGUAAACUUGUCAUUAGAUAUAUUGUAUUAGUACUAUCUAGAUAAUUGUGUAAGACUGGAGAGUUAACAUAAAUAAAAUACGAAAUUGGUUUUAAAUGUUGUCAGCUGAGCUCGUAGAUCGAGCCAUUCACGAUUUAAAUGUUUUAUCUCUGAACAACCCAAGUUAAAAAAAAAAUUUUAUUUUUAAUUUAGGCACUUUUUAAAACCUGUUGAUUGUGGCUCCAACAGAUACAUGAUGACAGUUAUUAUUGAUAUGAAUAGACGAUGAUAAUUUAUGAUAAUAAAGGCCACGUUUCUCCACCGAGUCCGUUAAUCGACUGAUUAGUUUAUUAAGUAGUGUCGAAUAUUUUAUUUUUCAGCGAUAAUGAAAGAAAAAAAAAAUAAAGGAAAAUAAAAAGGAUUAUUUUUAUGAUUUUUUUAACAAGUGUAAUCUACUGUUAAGUUCUGGCCCUUUGUACCCACUAUCUGAAUGUGAAAUAGUAUAUUGAACUUGGUAGAGUGAUGAGAAAGGAUUUAAUGAGGUUGAAAGAUUUAUUGAAUCGAGUGAUAAUGAUGACUAAAUAAUUGAGUAAAUAGGAAUAGAAUUAAUGAUGAAGAACAAAACAAAACUGUGCGUUGUUGUGUAUAAAUUUUGUACCAUAUAGUUUGUAUUGAAUAAAGAAAAAACAUUGUUUAUUGCUUGAG